UCGCGGAAAAUAGCAGUCGAAUGAAUCGAUAUGAUAGCUGUCCUCUACGCAAAUUAGCAUUAAUCAGUCAAUCUACAAACAGCUCCGCCGCCCACCUUUUCCCCUCCCUUCAUCUCUCUCUCUCUCUCUCCUCAACUCACUUCCCAUCUUCUCUGCCCCCUACAGGCUGACAAUCACCAUGUCAGACCUACGCCAAAGAAACACCAAAUCCGCCAAACCAAAGGCCCAAAAUGACAGUCCCGCUCCGCGACGACGCAAUGAAGCCGCCACCAAAAGCGGAGGCAUCGGCGUCCUGGAUCUCCUGCGCCUGGUGAUCACUCUGGCGGUAGCGUCGUGCGGGCUGUCGUACUACAUGACCUCGUCCGAGUCGCUGCUCUGGGGGUAUCGGCCCUGGUUUACCAGACUGCCGGUGUUGACGCGAUACCUGCAAGGACCUCUCUACCUCACGCCCGCCCAACUGGCCCCCCACGACGGCUCCGACCCUUCCCUCCCCAUCUACCUGGCCGUGAACGGCAGCAUCUUCGACGUCUCCGCCAACCCGAUGAUCUACGGGCCGGGCGGGCACUACAACUUCUUCGCGGGGCGCGACGCCACGCGGGCGUUCGUGACGGGCUGCUUCCAGGAGGACCAGACGCCGGACAUGACGGGCGUGGAGGAGAUGUUCAUCCCGAUCGAGAACGACGAGGAGGACGCGAAGACGCUGAGCAGCGGGGAGAAGAAGACGCGGCGGGAGCAGGAGCUGCGCCAGGCGCGCAGCCAGGUGCAGAAGCAGGUGCAGCACUGGGAGAAUUUCUUCCGCAACCACAAGAAGUAUUUCGAGGUUGGGAAGGUCGUGGGGCUGGAGGAUUUGCCGAAGGAGAAGAGGGAGCUUUGCGAGGCGGCGAGGCAGCAGAGGCCGAAGAGGAAGAACUUGAAUAAGAAAAAGCAGGAGCAGCAGAAGAAGCAGAAGCAAGGGAACUGAGGGUGGUUGGGAACGAAGGUAAGAUUGGUUUUGGUUUGGGCAGGUUUGUAUUGUAUAGUAUAGUAGGAAUCUCCGUCUUAGGGUGUCGGGGUUCGUUGUAUAUGGGCACUUCUCAAAAUGCAGAUUAUCUACGUGCCGAU